AUGAGUAAUAAAAUUUUUAUAAAAUUGAAGACCACAUCUCAACAAGAUCCCGCAACAACAACAUUGAACCCUACAACUGAUCUAACAGUUUUAGACUGUUUAUACUUACAGAUUAAUAUUCCAUCAGCCCUCGAUUGUCUAUUCUCUACACAAAUAUGUCAUGCUUACAAUAGGCUGUUUCACUUUCUCUUCUCUAUUCGUCGAACACAAUUAAAACUACAGCAGUAUUGGGCUGAUCAAAUUCUUCUAUGGCGUCGUGCUAGAUCUCAUGAUAGUCAGUUGACUUCAGCGUAUUAUAAGACGAAGAAGGGGCCAGGCAGGAAUGUUGAUGAUAAUGAUAAUAUAACAAUGUCAAAUAGUAAUUUUGUUCAUUUACAAUUGAGAAUUGGUCGGCGUUUACUAGUUCGUAAUCAUAUGGCAUUUAUUAUUGAAAAUUUAUUAUACUACUUACAAGUUGAUGUUAUUGAAUCGCAAUUCUCACACUUACUAUAUCGUUGUCAAACAGACCAAGAUAUCCAAUUGAUUCAAAUCGCUCAUGAGGCGUAUUUAGCCAGUCUACAAGCACAAGCACUAUUAUUCAUGCCAAAUGUAAAACUGUGUAUAUUCAAUUUACUCAACACUUGCCGUCAGUUUGUUCAUAUAUCAAGUGAAAUCGCCUAUGACAGCAGCAGUGACACUGGCGGUGUUUCUCUUGAGAAUAUCCAGUUGUCUAACAAAGAAGAGCAUAUCAUCAGUGCAUUUUAUAAUCAAUCGAAAUUGUUAUAUGAGUUAAUUAGUAUGUCGUGUUCAACCGGUGCUAAAAGCAGCGUUAGCAUAAACUCUGCUUAUACUCAUCGUUUCUCCCGUGGCAAUAAUAAUAAUAUUAAUAAUAAUAGUAAUAGUAAUAAUCCUGUUCUGAAUUCAGGAACAGCAGAUUUAAAUCAAUUAUUAUUACGCUUAGAUUUUAAUAAUUAUUAUAGUAAUUUACCUGAGGAUUUAAUAUGA